AGUCGAAAAAGCUACGUUUUGGUAAGCAGAAGAAGAGACUACCAACGUCAUGUAACGUCAAUGUGACCAAGGUUGUUAACAUAAUAUAGGUAGCAGACAUGAAAAUUUUGUGACAAAAACAGCCAUAUCCGCUUGGUAGAGAUGAGCGUCCACUGCGUCCUGACAUCCGCUGGCCGGAGCUUCUCAUCAUCGUGUCCCGCGGCUGGCCGACUCCACCGCCUUCUACUUCUUCCCUGGUCCAUCACACAAAGAGGAAAUAUGUCCUCCAAAAAACAGAUGGACCAUCUAGAGAGGACGGCAAGCAACCAAAGACAAAGUGCUGUUUAUCCUGCUCAAGUAUGCGGCAUCAUGAAUGAGUCGGAGUCUGUAAAACGUCUCAGGAUAACUGCUCAUCCAGACUUUAACUUCAAGGCAGGACAAUGGGUGGAUUUCUUCAUCCCAGGAGUGGAGAAGGUGGGAGGUUUUUCCAUGUGCUCCAGCCCAGGUCUGCUGCAGAGGGAGGGCGUCGUGGAAUUGGCCGUCAAAUUUGCCAAUCACCCGCCAGCGCACUGGGUUCACACUGCGUGCGCUCUGGGCGCUCAGGUAGCGGUGCGCGUUGGCGGCGACUUCUACUUUGACCCCUCACCUUCGGACCCCGGCGUGGAUCUGCUGCUGGUCGCCGGCGGCGUGGGCAUCAACCCGCUCUACUCCAUUUUGUCGCACACGGCCGAUUUGUUGCAGCUCAGCCGAGACUCUGGUGGGCGGCGCUACAACAUUGGCUCUGUCCACCUCUGCUACAGCGCCAAGACCACCGAGGAGCUGCUCUUCAAAAAUCCGAUCCUGCGGACGUGCAGGGAGUUUCCUGACAAGUUGACUUGUGAAUUCCAUGUCACCCAGCAGAGCACAGAUAUUGAGCCACAUCUCCAGGCUUUUGUCAACCGUGGGAGAAUCGCACAGGAAGAGUUGCGGACACACGUGGACCCCCAGAGGACUUUGUGUUACCUAUGUGGACCUCCGCCCAUGAUUGAGGCGAUUUCCAAAACCCUCUUGGACGUUGGCCUACCACAAGACCGAAUUCUCUUUGAGAAGUGGUGGUAGCUGCUCCCAUCACUCCCAGAGUGCCACUGUGUUCUUUUUUUUUUUUUUUGGAAUCCGGCUCCCCGUUUUGAGCUUCUGAAUGCAAUUGUGUGGUGGGAGUUGGAACACAGCAGAAUUAAUCAAGCGAUGUGGAACUUUAUGUGGAGCAGUGGAAGUGCUCAGGCAUGUAGCCGGAACCUGAACAUUGACCCACAGGACCUGACAGUACUUUCAUUUCAUUUCAAUUGUGAGGAUGUAAUGUGUUUUUAGUCACCCUGCAGCUGUGCAGAGUUGUGCGGGUCCAAUAUUUGACUCAAAGUGCAAUCUCUAUUCCAGUCCUGGAAUUUUGGACUAAGGUUAAUGCAUUAAUACACAAAUGGAAACAUUUUUAAAGCUGUUGUUAUCCAUUGUUUGAAUUAUUUGCAGUUACACUUUACAUCUAGUAUGACAUGUACAAUUUUCUGUUUUGACUUGGGUUGUACACACUAUUUCUUAGUCACACACACACACACAAGCAGUAUGACAUGGCUCAGUGAGAAACCCACAGCGUAACUUUAAUGGAGCCUCCAGGUGGCCCCCGAUUGGUCCGUAUCCUUAAAACCUCCCGUGGAGACUGUCACGAGCGUCUCGUGAGCGUCACUCAGCGGGGGUGCCACUCUCGUUUCAUUUGAGUUGUUCCACAAAGGAAAUGUUCUAUGCUCUAAUGUGAUGAUUGAAUGAAAUAAAUUACGGAGAAGCUG